AUGGCUGCUGAGACGGCUGCAAAGGGCGGCAUUCAGAGGAGACAAUUCCGACGUGAGCGGGCCGUGAUGGACCCACAGCAGGUUAUCGACGUGGUGUCUUCACCGUCUUCGUCGUCAUCCGCCAGGCCAAAAUCUUCAAGGAACGUCAAGUUCAACGAGAACGUGGAAGCCUUUGAGUUCGCACGACUUUUGGGUGGCUCCGGCGGGGUCCCCACUGACGGCACCUGGGCUGCUCUGGGCCUUGGACAGGCGUUGGGCUGCGUAGUGGCUCGCCUGGUCUUUGACGACCCGAAUGCUGAAGCCAAAGAGGCCGUGCAGAUUCCGCAAAGACAGCGGAUACAGAUGCUGGCUCAAGCCAUGGGCCCCAGCUACGAGGAGACGAAGAAGACCGAGCGCACGGACAUGCGCAAGCUUCAGCGGGUUCGGAAAAGAACGGUCGACGAAGAUGAAAGCGAUUGGCAGCAGAUGCCCGGCGACAGCGAGGAGGCCAUCCAGCGUGCCAGCGAGCUCGCCAAAGAGAUAGCAGAAGAGGUCCCCGAGGGGCGCCGGAUGUGGGCUAGACAUGGGAGGUCCGGUGGAGAAGGCGAAGCGGUGCCGAGGAAGCCACAGGAGACGCUUCAGGCGAGUCCGCAAGCCAAGGGGCCAGCUAAGGAGCAGGCGCCAGACGAGGUGGAGGAGCCGCCGCCGGGUAGCAACGAGGCUGAAGCUGCCGAUUCGCAGGCGUCCGACGGGACUGGCGCAGCUGUUGCUGGCGAGGGCCCCACCGAUGAUCAGGUCGUUGAGGAGGCUCCAGCAUCCCCUGCGGCCUUCGUGGAAGAGGCCCCGGCACCACUGGCGGCCGGUGAGGAAGAGGUGGACCGGCCCCCGGUCCACGCCUUCCUCGCCCCGCUGCCGGCUCCCGAGGAGGAGACUCCUCCCCCUGCUGUCGCCAUCUGCCCAGACGCUGAAGCCGAGGCCGCUGACGCUGAUGCUGCAGUGGAGCAGGUUGAUGAGGAGGAGGACAAGCGGGAGGCAUUGCCUGCUGAUCUCCAGCGUCAAGUAGAGGUUCACUGCCAUCCAGAGCAGCGGCCCUUGGAGCAGGUGCUGAAGGAGCCGAACGAGCAGCAGAAAGCAGAGCCUGUUCGGAAGAAGGCGACCCCGCUCCCCACCAAUGCGCGUGGCAAGGUGGAGUGGUAUGCUUUGGAUGCUGCGGACUCUGAGCAGGAGGACGGGGAGCCGGCCAGAAAGAUACGAAAGAUUCAGUUCAAUACAAGACGGAUUACCAAAGGCAUGUCCGAGAAGGAGAAGCAGGCUAUCAUUCAGGAAUGGAGACUGAAUAAGAUCAAGUCCAGCAAGGCGUGGCAUGACAAGUUUGCUUCGAAAAGGGUGCACGGAAACGUCAAGCACUCCGGUUGCUUUACCUGA